AUGAGUGUACAAAAAGCAAUGUUGGACAACGCCCUUUUAGCGUCGGCACAAAUCAUUGAGAAAACUCUCGAUGAAAAGUUGAGAGAGAUGGACGAAAUGACCGACGACGAUUACUUGAAACUCAAACAAAAGAGAUUGGAUAGUUUAAAGCAAAAACAUUCCUUGAAACAAGAAUGGAUGCAAAAGGGACACGGAAAGGUCAUGGAUGUGAGCGAUGCUAAGGACUUUUUUCAACACGUGAAGGAUAACAAAUUUGUUGUCGUUUUGUUUUAUAGACCAUCGAACAGUUAUUGCGAUCUAGUGUUGAGCCAUUUACAAAAGAUUGCUCCAAAACAUUUAGAAACUCUGUUUAUUAAGGUUGAUGGAGAACAUUGUCCAAUUAUCGUGGAACACUUGAAAAUUUGGAUGAUGCCAACAAUUGUGUGUAUCAAGAACGGACGAACAGAUGAUUCUAUUGUUGGUUUGGAUGACUUGGGUGGAGCCAAUUUUACGACGGCAACUCUGAGAAAGAAGUUACUUGGCUAUGGUGUCAUUGAAAGAGAGGAUGAGGAAUAA